AUGAGCCGGGCACAGCGUCGGGUCCUAGGCGCUUUCCUCGGGGCUUUCCUAUUGCUCCUGCUUUACCACUAUUAUCGCACAGACGACAACAGGCUUCUCUCAACCUCUCCAUAUGACGCAUCUAAAGUCACCCUGAAUGUUGCAAUUAACCCGAAAUAUCUAUGGAGAAAGCUGCCGGUACGAUACCCAGUUGCUGAAUUCCAGCCAUUGCCUGUCUUUGGACCGCCCCAGGCACUAUCCAAGGUCCAAUCGACAGAUUUCGAAGUGUCCCAUCUCAAGUUCGACCGCAAAACUAGCAGACAGUCGGCCACAAAAAAGCAUUUGAAAGAUUCACUUGCUUGGGGUGCAGAUGAGCUUGCGCCUCUCAGUGGUAGCCCUGAAGAUAUGUUGGGGGGUUGGGGUGCUACGUUACUUGACAACCUCGACACACUGUGGAUUAUGGGAAUGCAGGAUGAGUUCAAGAAGGCGGUGGCUUCCGUCACGCACAUCAAGUUUGGAAAUACACAGUCCUCCGAAGUUAAUACCCAUGAUCUCAACAUCCAUUUACUCGGAGGCCUGCUGGCGGCAUUUGAUCUCAGCGGUGAUUGGAAAUUACUGGAAAAGUCCAUUGAGCUGGGCGAUAUGCUUUACGCCGCCUUUGAUACCCCGAACAGAAUACCUAUCAUACAUUGGAACCCACAUAGAGCUAUCUGUCACGAGGAGCAGCUCGCAGAGGAAAAUGUCCUCGGUGCAGAAUUAGGCUCAUUCGCAUUGGAAUUCACAAGGCUAUCUCAGAUCACCGGUGACCCAAAAUAUUUCGACGCGGCCCAUAGAGUCAUGAAAUUGUUUGACAGACAGCAGGGCGCCACCAAACUCGCAGGUCUCUGGCCAGUCUCUGUGAAUGCUAGAGAAGAGCUUUUCGACGACAAUGUCUUCACACUGGGCGCUGAAGCAAGCUCUCUGUACAAGUCGCUGCCUGGGGUGUACGCUUUGUUAGGAGGCCAAAUACCCAUGUAUCGCAAGAUGUAUGAAGAUGCCACGCUCACCGCUGUGGUCCACAAUUUAUUCCGACCAAUGAAUCCCCAGGGCAAGGAUAUGCUUCUCCCUGGAUCUGUUCGAGUAACCAUGACAGAAAAUGGGAAUUCGCAAAGACACCUGGAGGCGAAAAUGCAGUACCGAUCUUGUUUCGCAGGAGGUAUGUUUGCACUAGGAGGUGCGCUACUCGAUAUUCCCACCCACCAAGAAAUUUCCCACAAGUUGGUCGAUGGAUGCAUAUGGGCUCACCAGGUGAUACCAUUGGGGAUUAUGCCUGAAGCGUUUGAUGUGGUUCCCUGUGCGUCUCCGAUAAGUUGCCCAUGGAGCGAGCGGCUCUGGAAGCAAGAGGUCUGGAAGGAGGCGAACAGCCUCGAGCCAGAGCCAAAUCCAAAUCUCAACGUCGAUACAUUCAUUAAGGACCACCGUCUGCCCAAAGGGAUCAUCGGAAUCCCGGAUGCUGCUUAUGAAUUGCGUCCGGAAGCAGUCGAGAGUAUGUUCACUCUUUACCGUAUUAGUGGCCGUGAAGAUCUGCUUGAUGCAGCUUGGGAUAUGUUCCGGGCAAUGCAAAAUGCGACACAGACCAAGAAUGGCAACGCGGCCAUCGUUGCUGUCACGGACGAGGGCAGUGAACUGACCCUUAAAGACUCGAUGGACAGCAUGUGGAUGUCGCAGACCCUAAAGUAUCUUUAUCUCAUGUUUAGCUCUCUAGACUUCAUCAGUUUGGAUGAGUUUGUUUUCAAUGCUGGAGGACACCCGCUGAAACGAUCUCAGGCGGCAUGA